AUGGCUUAUCAAGCAUUUACGACUGAGCGUCAACAACAAAAGCUUCCAUGGGAAAUCGAAUGGAUCUGGCAUGUUCAUCGUCUGCAUCCAAUUGCGUAUAGCAAUGACUGUAUUAAUCAACUACCAGACCAUAAAGUUGUGGAUAAAAAAUACAUAAGAUCAACAGUGAAAAAACAUCAACAUUAUCAUUCGUUUGUCCCGUUCAAAUCUCUAAAACAUCGAUCUACAUUUGUUCCAUCGCUUGGUCUGGCAAGUGCUGUACUUCGCCAAAUUGAUUUUCUACAAAAAUUUCAGAAACAUAAUCUGUUUUCAAUGAAUUUGCUGAAGAUGAACCGAGAUUCGUUUGAAAAAAUGGUACAGAAUUAUGUUUCAUUUGUAAGGUUAGCGAACAAUAAUGGAAUUAUUGUACCAACAUUUGAAAUUGAUUUGAUAUGGCAUACACAUAUGAGAUUUCCCUCAAGUUAUCAAGAAACUUCAAUAGCCUUAUGUGGCUUUCUUCUUAAUCAUGAUGAUUCUAUUGAAGAAAACGUACUAAGUGACCGUUAUCAGAAAACAGCUGAUCGAUGGAAGUCGGCUUAUAAUGUAGAUUAUGGCAAAGAUAUUGAUAUAGAUAAUCUAAAAACAUCACAAUAUUUCAGCUCCUGUGCAAUGAUAAUAGCACCGAUUACUAAAACAUAUCCAUCAAUUGGCUAUGUAAGUAAUGGUGGAAACGAUAUUGGUGCUGACUAUAGUGGUGGUAGAAACGUUAUAGAUGCUGGCUAUAUUGGUGGUGGCUGCGGUGGUGGUGGUGGUGGUGAUGGAGGCUGUGAUGCAGGUUGUGGUGGAGGCUGUGAUGGAGGUUGUGGUGGUGGUGGUGGAGGAGGUUGUGGUGGUGGUGGAGGAGGUUGUGGUGGUGGAGGAGGUUGUGGUGGAGGCUGUGGUGGAGGUGACUGA